AUGCGAUACAUCAAUGGCGUUUACUAUAUGACAUCUACCCAGAACACGGACAUUUCAAUGUGGGCGGCUACGAUGGUUGAAGGAAUCAAGACCGCUACCCCCACGGUCCUCUUUACGGAUACCACAGCGGGCCGAAAUUUCGACUUCUGGGCACCCGAGUUUUGGCACCUUGAUGGACGAUGGUAUAUAUACUACGCUGUGGCGGGAAAUGGAGAUGAUAAUACUCAUCGCCUCCACGUCCUUUCUGGAGGUACGGACGCGACCAAUCCGAUGAAUGGGGCGUAUACCCACACCGCUUCUCUCAUUCCAUCAAACUUCGACUUUUGGGCUGUCGAUGGGUCUAUUCUGGAAUUGAAUGGCGCGCGUUACUUCAUAUUCUCGGGAAAGACGACGGAUGUUGUAUGGACACAAUGCACAUAUAUCGUUCGUAUGAGCAGCCCCACGACAUUAUCCGGAAAUGCUGUACAAAUCAGUUGCCCCACUCUUUCUUGGGCCUUGGGUUUACUCACCCUGACUACCGGCGCUAAUCCCCUUCUGGCGUCCAGUUGGACUCAGGCCACAUCUCCCGUCUUCACCAAGAACGUCGCCGCCGGGCUUGAUAAUUUCAUGUUUGAGAAAGACGGUGAACAUCUGUUCGCAUAUCACGGAAAGAGCAGGCCUGGACUCGGCUGCGGCGAUUUGCGUACGACCAGGGUUCAACCAUUCAGUAUAAGUGGAACUACUCCGAUCUUCCCAGCCGCGAUAGGAGAUGGUAUAGCAGUGGCAGAGCCAUGA